UCUCUUGCUAGAUUACUCUUACUGAUCUUUGAUUAGUUUCUCAUAUUUACAUGUGAUCUCAAGGAACUGUUAGCAGAGUACUACAUUGUCGUAGUGUAUUCAGAAGAAAGACAAUUCUCUAGGUUUGAGAAAGUUGCAGAGCUAUAGAUAGAGCGUCUGAUGGGCGACGGUACUAAAUCUGGGUCGACCUUCAAUGGAGCCUCCUAUUCAGCACAGGGUCACACUCACAGGCGGAGGCACAGCUCCUCGUGUGGCCCAUGCUGUAUACUCAAGCAUCUUUUAAGCCUCUUAAUUACGCUCAUCAUUGUUGUGGGCAUUGCAGCACUUGUUAUCUGGUUGGUUUUGCGCCCCAGCAAACCCAAAUUCUACGUAGACACUGUUCAAUUCAGUAACAUGACAAAUAGCACCAGCAGUAACAUCGUGGUUGGGAUGAGCGUUCGGAAUGCAAAUAAGAAGAUAGGCAUCUACUACGACACCUUGCGGGUAUCUGCGUAUUAUAAUGGAGGUGGGACUGUUGGAGUGAACGCGUUGGAAGAGUUUUAUCAGGGCCACAAGAACACCACCACUUUUCGUCCAUUGAUUAUUUCUGUUGGAAAUGUGUACUUGUCGUCCAAUUCGAAGGGCGUUGAGGAUGUGGAAUUGAAGCUGCGAUCCCGCGUUCGUUUGAGGGUUGGCAAAGUUAAGACAAAUCGAUUCAAGCUGAAAGUGAAGUGCUCAGUUUCUGUGCCUCUGAAUGAAACGAGUGCCGCUGCCUUCACUCGCCAGAAAUGCAAAGUAGAGUUGGAUCAUUAGAUAGUAGAUAUGCUGUGGUUUCUUCACUCUAUUCAUUUCUUAUUUUUGUUUUUCUUGGCUCUGAUCAUAUGAUAACACAUGGUGCCUUUGUCCAAGCUUUUGUCUAUAAAAAUAAGAACAUCAGUAGUUGUUGAGGUUGGUUAGUUGGCUAAGCUUGAUUGAGCUUUCUUGAAAGUGCAUAUGUAAAGUAUGGCAUGGUGUGUGUGGUUGCACGGUUAUCUAUUGUGCUUGCACAUGACAAAUGCAUUAAAGGAACUUGAUGUUUCAGAAUAUUGAUGGAAAUUCUAUGUGUAUUGUAUUGUUUCAUUGUUAAAUACAAAAUUUAGUAUGGAUUCUU